CGUCACAUUCAGGCGACAGCAGGCUCAGUUCCCUCUGUGACGGGGACCAGGAAUCAGACAUAAACAUGUCCACUGCUAUGAACUUCAGCUCCAAGGCUUUUAAACCUCGAGCUCCGGAGAAAGGCUCCUUCCCCCUGGAUCAUUUAGGGGAGUGUAAAGACUUCAAGGACAAGUUCAUGAAAUGUCUGCAAGACUGCAGCUUCGACAACUCCCAGUGUCGCCUGCAGUCCAAAGACUACCUGGAGUGCCGCAUGGAAAAUCAGCUGAUGGCCAAGGAGCCUCUGGAGAAACUGGGAUUCAAGGACCUGCUGGAUGCUCCUCCCAGUCAAGCGGACGCAGACUCUAAACCCUGACCUGCUGACGUCACAGCUGCGGAUUCAGAUGCACGACGACGGUGUUUCUCUGACCUGAACACGUCCAGCGUUUGUUCGGGGACAAGAUGAUAACACGCAGACGAGAGCUUAUUAAAGACUGCUGUGAGUGUGGAGCUGAGAAUGACCACAAGAGGGCGCUGUUCAUAUGAUGGCCUUAGUUUGAGUUUUUAUCAAAUACUUGUGUAAAUAUACAAUGUGUAAUAUAUAGAGGUGUUGUUAUAACAUGUCAAUAAAUCCUUUGUAUUUAAACUGAAA